UUUUCCACAAAAGAAAGGAGCGAAAUGAAGGAAAUAGAACAUUAGCAAAAAGAAGAAGAAAAAAAGUCCCAAAAGGGGGGUUGACCGGUUGCAAAUUAUGAACGACGGAUAGUUACUAAAUAAAUUGGGCUAAUAUAAGAAUACAUUUCUAGAAGUGAAAAGUAAAUGGUAUGACGUUGAGCAUGGAGGCAGCAGUAGCAGGCAACGGGCAGGGCGGGGACGCCGGGACGAGGAAGGUGGUGGGGAAAUUCGGCGGCGGAGGCGGAAAGCCCCUGAUAGUGAUGAUAUGCGGGUCCCUGGUGUACUACCACUGCGCCUACCGCAAUUCCAGCCUGGUGUCUCUGGUCUCCGACGUCUUCAUCGUCCUGCUCUGCUCCCUGGCCAUCCUCGGGCUCCUCUUCCGCCAGAUGAACAUCCAGGUCCCCGUCGAUCCCCUGGAGUGGCAGAUUUCCCAGGAUUCCGCCAACUCCAUCUUCGCAUGCCUCGCGAACACCAUCGGGGCGGCCGAGUCUGUCCUCAGGGUCGCCGCCACCGGCCACGACAAGCGCUUGUUUUUCAAGGUUGUUGCUAGCCUUUACCUGCUAUCGGCACUGGGAAGACUGGUCCCAACUGCCACAGUUGCUUAUGCUGGACUUUGCCUUCUGUGCCUUUACAUGCUCACUGAGGAAUCAAGGUUGAUGAGCACGUGUUUCUCGUGGUUUUCUCGGAGAAGGGAUUGCCCAACUUCGGUCCAAGAUUGAAGAUAUCUGCCUAGCACCACCUCUUAUUUUUGCAGUACUGCCCGCACUCUGCCGGUCUACAACCUUCAUCUCGUCUCCUUCCUGCCAAAGACAACAACCUGCUAAGCACUAAAUUGGCGACAUAUGUUGACCACUGUCCAUGUAAUAUUUGUAAACUCUUGCUUCCAUCGCGCAUUGGACACAGUUUGUUUUUUCACAGGCUAAUUUGCGCUUGAGGCUCGUAUCCUUUGUCGCGUUACCCUGAUUUAGGGUUUAGGAUCUCCUUCUUGUUCAAAUGUCUCGGCAGAACGUUAACCUGCUAAUCAGACUCUCCAUAUUUUC